GAUGAAAUUAAAACGUUCUAAAAUAAAUAAUUCAACAUCAAAUUCAAGCAAAGUAUCUAAUUUAAAGAAAUCAGGCAAUGAAGAUCCAGUCAGUUCUAAAAGUACCCAAAAAGAUAAAUCUGCAUUGCCAAAAAAAUUAUCAAAAGAUGUUAUACAAAAACCAGCUAUAGAUGUCAGUUCGGUUACUUCUGGGACCAAAAAGAGGAAACGGCCAUGGAGACAAGCAGUUCGUCGCAAAGCAAAACGAGAACGAUUGAGCGCACAAGCGUCUGAACUCUCUGGUGAUGAUACUUUAGAACAAGAAGGUUUGGAAUAAUUUAGUGA